AUAAAAAAAUUAAAAACAUUAAAUAAGUAAAGAUUGAAGAAAUAAUAGCUAAAUCCUUAAAAAUAUUGCAAAGUUAAUUAAUAGAUUCUAAAUUCUAUUUCUUAUCAAACAAACUACUAAGCUUUCCACUACUUAUUAUUAAAAUAAUCAAAUUUAAAAAUGGGAAUACACCAUCUUACAACCCCUAGCUGGUCUGGAUAAGGAGAGUAUAGAUUGGCAUUCUAUGAGGGAUAAACAUAUGGAUUAGAAAACACAAUAUUUUUUUUAUUUUUUAUUUUAAUUGUAAUUUAUAUGAUCAAGAAGCUAUUUUUUGGAGAUAAAAUGAAGCCUUAAAUAUCGCGAGAAAGCUUUAAUCGCUUGGUUUAAUUUUAAAGAAUUUUACCCAUAUAGUAGCAAACACCUGCUAAUGACGAAGAAUAAAUUAAGUAGAGUGACGAUUUAACUGACGAACGUUCAAGUGACUCAAACGGAAAUGAUUUCCCUUUUUAUAAAAAAGAUUUCAUAAUAAAGAAAUACUCCUUUUGUUAGAAACUUUUUAACUUUUUUAUUCUGCUUUUUAUGUGGUCUCUUGGAGCCUGUAUGGCAUAUUUAUUUAGUUUAUCAAGUGGAUUCGGUCAGGUAGAAUUAGGAUCCUCUAUUAUUUGUUGCCUAAUGAUGUUUACAAUAAUCCUUUAUUUCACAUACCAAAUUGGAAUUAAGUCUUAUUUUCUAUUGAUAUUUGCUUUAUUAGCUGUAGCUAUUUCUGUAUUUCCUCUUAUUUUCUUUUAGGAUAUUUGCGUUUGCUCUAAUAAGGAUUCUGGUUACUUAAUUAACGAUAACAUGUACCUAUCUACGAGUUUUACUAGAAGAAUUUCAUUUAAAAAAGCAUGUCCUGAAGAAGAGCUAUGUCAUUUAUAUGCAACACUUCCUGAAAACACUAAUAACUCAGUAUUUAUAAAUAUUCACACAGGAAUUGCUAUAAAUUAAAUUAUGAUAUAACUUUAGGAUCUUGAAGUUAAAUCAGAUCCUAUAAUUUAAAGUGGUUAAAUUAAUUCAAGCAUUGAUUUGGAUAGCAAUGGUGAGCGAAACACGUUCACGAAUCUAUUUCAAAACCUGUAGCCAAAUAGAUUAUAUCUAAUUAAAGUAAUUAACCAAGAGAAACAAAGUGUAUUAAAAGUAACAAAGUAUAAGACUCUCCCAACAAAAGAAUAAAUUUAAGCUUAGUAAUUUCAAGUGAACGUUGCUUUUGGGGGUGAUUGGAGUAAUUAAAAAUAUGGCAAUCUCUUAAAUCUUAGACUAGUAGAUACUCAACCCGAUAUAAUUCUAUUUGGUGGAAAUAUUGCAUAAGAUAAUGGAAUGAAAAACUGCUAUCAUCAAUGGGAUAUCUUUUUAAAUAAUUUUGAAACUCAAAUUUUCCAAGCUCUUGAUAGAGUAGUUCCCUUCAUAUUCUCUAUAGGAAAUAGAGAUAUUGGUUUGAAUUCUCUUAAAAAUUAUAACUUGACAAUUAUAGAUGAAACAGGUCCUUUGAUUUUUUCUUGGUUUCCCCAAAACACAUUAAAUAAUUAGAUACCACCAAUCAGUUCUAGACCUUCAUAUCAUUAUCAUUUAAUAGGAAACAUAAUUAUCUUUGCUCUUGAUAGUGGUUAUAUUAUGAAUUAUGACGGUGCUUAACUAGAAUGGAUGAAAAAUAUAGUUAAUUAAUAUAAAGAUUACUAUAAAGUAGCUCUUUACCAUUAUCCGAUUUUUCCAGCUUGUUUGUUUGAUGAUAAAAAAUGGGAUUCGCCAAAUAGCUCUGCAGUAGGAGAAAAUAUUUGGAUACCUUUUUUUGACUAGUUCAAUUUCGUGGCAGCUAUAGAAAAUCACACAAAAUAAUUCAAAAGAACAUAUCCUAUUAAGAAUAAAACAAAAGCUUAAGGAGGAACAAUCUACUUAGGAGAUGGUAAUUGGGGUUCUGUAUCAGAGGACUGCUUCAAAUCUUCGAAUAAUUAAUAAAUAUUUGAAAAAUUAAUAACAACUGGAAUUUAACAUUUUUGGGUCGCAAGGGUUUCUAGUGAUAAAAUAAUUUAUGAUGCUCUUUCAAAAGAUCCAAAAUAUUAUCUUGAUAAAGACUACAUAUAGAAUCUACCAUAGUAUAAUCUUAAACAAUGAACAUAUAAAUAUAAAUGAAAAGAAAAGAUAAAUAAAAGAAAAAAAACUAGUUAUUAUAUUUAAAUAUUCUUUUUCAAUUAUUUAAUCAAUGUAAAUAAAUAGAUUUUCUUUUGAACUUAACAAAAGAAAUUAGAAAAAAUCUUAUAUUAAGAACUCCUAAAAUAAUGUAAAAUAAAUAUAACUUAAAAUAAAAAAAUUAAAUUUAUUAAAGUUUGUAUAAUUAUUUAUUAAAAUAUUUUCCUUCUUGUAAAUUUAAUAAAUUAAUACAUAUUUUUGUCUUCACAUGUUUAUUUAUUCAAAUUUUUUAUUUUAAAAUUUCAUU